AUGACGUGCAACAUUCUCUUCCAUAGGAUAUUUGAACAGUGUCUAAAUUGAAAAUUGUGGCGUCUCCUACUCUUUAACUGCUGGCGCCGUUGUGGUGUGUGGCUCUAAUCAAAUAUAAUUGAGGCCAUAUCCAACCGUCUGUAAUUUUCCUAAAUCCUCGGAAUAUUCUUGCUUUUUGAAACAUAAGUGCUAGAAACUUUGAUUUCAAAAUUUUAAGAAGCAAAAAUGCAUUCGCUCAGCCUUAAGGUUUUUACUGAUUUGAAUUCCGCGGGGACGAGGAGGAGCUGUUUUCCGGCUCAGGUGGGUCGUGGAUUGGUGGUUGAUCAAAGGAGAAGGGUUGGAUCGGGUUGUUGGGAUCACGGCGGCGGUGCUGCUGGUCGGAAGUGUUGGGUAGUGAGUUGUGCGGUGGAUGGCGGGAACGGUGGUGGCGGUGAGAGGCCGAGUUUGGACCCGAAUCCGACUCAGAAUCAGAGUUCUUUUUUAUCUCGUAGCCAAACUUAUGCGAUGCUGAAACAGCAAAUGGAGGUUGCUGCUAAAUCAGAGGAUUACAAAGAAGCAGCUAGAAUACGUGAUUCUUUGAAAAUAUUCGAGGAAGAGGAACCUGUUUUGAGAUUUAGGAGGUUGAUCAAAGAGGCUGUUGCUGAUGAAAGAUUUGAGGAUGCUGCUAGAUAUCGUGAUGAGUUGAAGGAAAUUGCACCUCACUCUCUCCUGAAAUGUUCAAGUGAUGCAACAACCUUGGGAAUCAGAGUUCAAGUUAGGAGUGUGUAUAUAGAGGGGCGUAGUCUGCCCUCAAGAGGCCAGUACUUUUUCGCAUACAGAAUAAGAAUAACCAAUAACUCAGAUCGUCCAGUUCAGCUUCUCAGAAGGCACUGGAUUAUCACAGAUGGCAAUGGGAAAACUGAAAAUGUUUGGGGGAUUGGAGUUAUAGGCGAACAGCCAGUUAUUCUUCCCAGAACAGGCUUCGAAUACUCAUCGGCUUGCCCAUUAAGCACUCCCAGCGGCAGAAUGGAAGGAGACUUCGAGAUGAAACACAUCGACAGAGUAGGCUCACCAAGUUUCAAUGUAGCAAUUGCCCCAUUUUCACUCUCCACGCUAGGGGAUGAUGCCGAUAUCUUCUGAAAUUCGACGCCACAUUGUUACUUGAGAAGCAGAGUAACCAUACCAGGUUAUUUUCCAAUUUAAGCUUCACUCUGUAAAGUACAUCCUUUUUGUGAUAAUGUGUAUAUAUAUUGUUAUGUAAUGUAAGAGACUAUAUAGGUUAAUAGUAUAGUGUCAUUUGAAUUCUUGGAGAAAUAUAAUAAACCAAUGAAAUGUAUCUAAGCAAACCCUAUACAUGUCACCUAAGUAAUUAUUCAUCAUUCAUGCUUUUGUA